AUGGAGAUUGUACCCUUCAAAUAUACAAACCCAUUCGUAAAUCUAAAAUACGAGCCUACGCGGAUCUUUUACUUUGGAGAUACGACCAUACGGAUACACCAAAAUGUCGCUGAUCGUGAAUCAAUCAGUUUGCAUCAAAACACUGGCAACGUGAUUUGGGAUGGUGCCUACGUGUUGGCUGACUAUUUGGACCAACAUUUGGACAUAAAAGAUCUAUCCACCGUUGAAUUGGGAGCUGGUUGCGGUCUGUUGAGCCUCCUAAGUCUAGCUAAAGGAGCUAAAACAGUAGUUGCAACCGACCUACCCGAACAUUUAGAUCAUAUACAACUCAAUGUGACUGAAAACGUCAAGGAUUCUGACCACCUGUCUCGUAUACACGUGCAGAGUCUUGCAUGGGGUGAUGCAGCGUCAGGAGCAGCAUUGAAGGUCACCCAACCGGAUUUAAUUGUCGCGUCAGAGAUUCUGUACCUAGAAGAUCUGCAUGCUGAUUUGCUACGGACAUUGAAUGCUUUGAGUACACAUUCAACUCGGGUGUUGAUGAGUUACAAGAAUCGGAAUAUGGGUGAAGAGAAGUUCUUCACAAGAGCGAAAGCUCUUAGAUGGAAUAUCGAGAUGGUGGAGGCGAGAAGUCUGCAUAAAGAGUUUCAAACUGGAGAGUAUCGUGUGUUUUACAUGACACGUAGAAGUCAGAGUUGA